AAAUGCAUACUACGACGUAAAGUUUCACUUAUUGCCGCGGCAUAUACGAGCUGAUGAGCUCUAACAAACCGAUGCGCGCGUUUAUAAUGACAACACUGAGGUGAACACAGAUCAACUAGAUCAUAAAAGCUCUGAGAACAACUUAAUAAAAUUCAACUUGCUUUUUUAAAAACAACAUCGAGGAUCAACAUGACAGCAACAACUAGUAGCAGGGAUAAAAUUAACGCGUCGCUAAAUGAUUUAAUGCGCUGUCUGCCAUCACACGUCUACUCUCUGGAUGAGAUCCCCUCAUCAGUGCCAACGGGAUUCUCUGAUGUGGAUGUGGGGGUUUGUUCUGACCAGUUCAGUGAGGCGUCGGGAGGUUGCAUGAGCACCGACAGCUUCGGCGUGGAAAAACGGGUCCUUGAUCUGACAGACCCGAACAGGUUUACUCCACACAGUGCGCCUGUCGCCUACACAGGGAAAAUUUCCAUCGACGCGCAAGGAAGUUGGAACCAAGAGGGAAUAAUCAACUUUGUCAGUGCAGGAGUGCAAGAUAGGCCACCUUCCUCGGGAUCAUUCUCCACGGGUUCUCCCGCAGGUCCCACUCCAGACUGCUCCAAAAUAGGCCAAACUCUUCCCAACAUGGAGCAUAUAUACACAGGCCCGCCCCCUUACACCUGUAGUGCCGAAGGUUACCAGGACCCCUCGGUCUACCUAUCGACCACUACGUGCCCCAUAACAUACGCCACUCCGUCCUACUCAGCCCCAAAACCAACUAUAGACGGGGCGCUUUUCUCCAUUAUUCCCGAUUAUGGAGGUUUCUAUCAGACCAGCAACAGCCAAAGGGACAACAUGGCUGCAUUUCAGGACAUUAAGCCAUUUUCUUGCUCUUUGGAGUCUAUUAGAGUCCCACCACCUUUGACUCCCUUGAACACCAUAAGAAAUUUUACUUUGGCGUGUCCGGUAGACGGGUCAAGGCCGCCUAUGGACGGCACCAAUCCGCAAAACGUCCCACUGAGGCCAAUAUUGCGGCCACGGAAAUACCCGAACCGACCGUGCAAGACGCCGGUCCAUGAGCGGCCGUAUCCCUGUCCGGCUGAGGGAUGCGACCGGAGGUUUUCACGCUCGGAUGAGCUCACGCGCCACGUUCGCAUCCACACCGGACAUAAGCCGUUUCAGUGCCGCAUCUGUAUGCGCAGCUUCAGCCGGAGCGACCACCUCACGACUCACAUACGCACACACACGGGCGAGAAGCCCUUCUCCUGUGACUUCUGCGGCAGAAAGUUCGCGAGGAGCGACGAGCGAAGGAGGCACACAAAAAUUCACCAGAGACAGAGAGAUAAAAAGGUGUCAGUGCCCCCUCACAGCUCGAGCGCUGACGGCACAGCGAUGUGAACUAACAUUAUAACAAGUUUUGGUGCCCCAUUAAAACCUGGAAAUAUCGCUCUGUUUGUGUGCGCACAAAUGUUCAAAGGCAGCUUAUGAAUCAAGUGUUGAAUGUUUGUUGUAGUAGGCUAGCUAGACAACGUUCUUAUCACAGAACAUUUCAUGUGAUUCAAAAUGCAGUUGUUCUGAGAUAUAGUGUUUACAGUGAGUCUUUUUAUUGACAUUAUUACUGUUACGUGUCUUAAUAAAUUGUAAUAAACACAAAGUGUGUUUUUUUUUGAGGAUCAGCUUCCCAGUGAAAGCGACAAGUGCCGCAUGGCACUGCAAAGUUUUACCACUAGAGGUCGCAAUUUGGAAACAAUUGAGUGCGGCUGUUCUAUCAAAGCUGAAAGUGCAGGUUAGUAAAAUAGGCCUAUAAACACUACCGUUUAAACGGUAAGAUUUUUUUUUUUUUUUUUUUUUUAAGAAAUACUUUUAUUCAGCAAGGAUGCAUUAAAUUGAUCAAAAGUGACAGUAAAGACAUUUAUAAUGUUACAAAAAGAUUUUUGAUCUUUUGACAUUUCUGUUCAUCAAAAAUACUAAAGGAUUAGUUCACUUUCAAAUUAAAAUUAGUCCAGGCUUUACUCACCCUCAAGUCAAACUUUCUUCUUUCUGAUGAACACAGUCAGAGAAAUAUUAAUAAAUAUCCUGACGCAUCCGAGCUUUAUAAUGGCAGUGAAUAGGGGUCACGAGUAUGAGUGCUUCCAUCCACAUUCAUCUAUCCAUCAUAAACGUACUCCACAUCAGUGUUGCCAAUUUAGUGAUUUUGUCACUAGAUUUAGUGACUUCAGCGCCCCUUUUGAGACUUUUUUCCCCAAAAUUUUAGGAACAAAUCUAGCAACUUCUUGGACAAACCUUAUCUAGAUUCUCAUUUUGUGCCCUGGGCAAUAUUCAUAUUCAUAUAAAUCAAUGAAUUUUCCAUUAUGAUGUCAUCUAGUUACAUUUAGCUACCAGUUUUAGCUACAUUCAAUUGAAAGCAGUUGGCAACACUGCUCCUCACGGCUCCGGGGGGGUUAAUAAAGGCCUUCUGAAGCGAAGUGAUGUGUUUAUAUAAAAAAAUAUCCAUAUUUAACAAGUUAUUAAGUAAAAUAUCUAGCCUCCGCCAGACUGCCUUCCAUAUUCAAGUUACGAAGAAAGAGUAAACUGGCGACGCGUCAGUUACACUUUUUUCCGUAAGUUGAAUAGGGAAGGCAUGAGGGUGAGUAAAGCUUGGGCUAAUUUUCAUUUGAAAGUGAACUAAUCCUUUAAGCAGAACUGUUUACAACAUCAAUAAGAAAUGUUUCCUGAGCAGAAAAUCAGCAUAUUAGUAAGAAUUAUGAAGGAUCAUGUGACACUGAAGACUGGAGUAAUUCAGCUUUGCAUCACAGGAAUAAUUUCUAUUUUAAAAUAUAGUAAAAUAGAAAACAGUUCUUUUAAAAUGUAAUAAUAAUAUUACUGACAUUUUUGAUCGAAUAA